UUUACCAUUCUUCUUUGCUUCGGGGGCUCACGUAUACCUAACUAACCAACUGAUUAUUUCCAUUUCACUUCGGCAAACACACACUCAAAUGGGCGGGGGUUUCAUUCCGGAUGGGUUGCGAGAAUCAUUUACCAAAAAACAGGGAGUUUGAGCGUUUCAAUAUCUGGAGUGUCGUUAUAAGUGGUUACUUCUUUAUUACUUUCUUAUUUCUAUUCUUUACCUCAUAUCUUAUUUCUAGCUUUUGCCGUAUAUUCUCUUUUAUCUCCAAAUCUUAUCCUCAUUGCCAUGAGCAUAUAAUUUCAGUUUAGUCUAGACGGAUGGGAAGUAAAGGUAUAAUAUAAUCAAAUAAGAGAAUGG